AUGACGAAGACAUUUACCUUGCGAAACCUUACGACGGGCUCGCUGAUACUGAAAUCCGUCGAAUAUAUCCAGCACGAUCCAUCUCUCAGGACAAAUCAAUAUGCUAUUACAGAUGUUGUUGUUUCUAAUGUUACAAAAUUCAUCCGAGGUAUCACAUCGAGCAGCCAUGUAGUCACCACACAACCUCUCCAUGAAGGGAGUCAGGAGAGUAAAAUUGGCAGACGACAAGAUUUAGAACUUAUUGUCAGACCAUGGACGUCUAUAUCCACAACUGUUCAGCAAGUUACGGACGAACAGAGGAAUGAAAUUCGCCUAACCCUGCAAGUCGCCGAUGCAAACAACGCGACGUGGCACAUCGACAUACCAAGAUCAGCGUCUGGAUCAGAAACGCCAGUCCUCUUGACUCGCGAUGCAGCACCAGGUUAUUUGGCCCUGUUCAUCCCACCUUCGGACUCUGUUGUCAUCUUUCCCGAUACGCCGCUGGAUGACUGGAUGCGUGAACUCCCGGGCUCGACGCCGCUCUCCUAUCUGAGCAUCCCUGGCACACAUAACACGCCCACCUGCCACAUCGCGCUGCCUAGCGUCCGCUGCCAGGCCGUCUCGCCGGCCACUCAACUACGCAACGGGAUCCGAUUCUUCGACGUCCGCGUGCAGAUCGCAGAUGUACCGGCUGGGUCUACGCACGAUAGCACUACCGCGGAUGAUACCGCAGCCCUCCUGCUCGUUCACGGAGCUUUCCCGAUCGCGUUGACGGGUCGGCCGAGGACCUUUCGUGUGCUAGUCGACGACAUCCAGGCCUUCCUGCGCGAGCAUCCAUCCGAGACGGUCAUCAUCUCCAUCAAGAGGGAAGGCCUCGGUAAGCCGGGAACGGACGCGCAGCUCGCCAGGAUUUUGCGGCGGGGGUAUCUUUGUGUGAACGGAUGGUACUUGGAGCCUCGAAUCCCAAGUCUAGGCGAGGUGCGCGGCAAGAUCGUCCUUCUCCGACGCUUUGCACUAGACGAUGAUCAGGGCGUGAAUCACGACGGGAGCAGUGCAGGGCUGGGUCUUGAUGCGGACAAUUGGAUCCAUAAUUCGCCGUCCUGUCUGUCCGGGCAUGUAUGCGUGCAGGAUUUCUGCGAUGUGCUCGAGCCGAAGAGCAUCAGGAAGAAGAUCGAAUACUGCUGUGCACAUUUCGAGAGGGCGAGUGCGGCGAUUGGGAAAGCGGCGUUGAGCCGGGAUGCGAGUGUUUCCGUGCCGUUGUUUCUCAACUUCCUCACGGGCUCGAAUUUGUGGAAUGUUGGUUGCUGGCCUGAACGGAUCGCUGCGCGAAUUAAUCCGGUGGUCACGGCGUUCUUGUGCGAGAGGCAUGUGACGGUGGUCGAUGGAGGUGCAGUUGGCGAGCUUAAGGGAACGAGCGAUGGGGUUGCUACUGAUAGUGGAGCACUCGGAGUCGUGGUUUGCGAUUGGGUUGGGAAAGAUGAUGAUUGGAAUCUGGUCAGGACCAUUGUCGCAAUGAAUGGCUGGCUGGUGUCACCGCGGAUCAAACCUUGA